AUGAACCUUAACCUCAGGCCCGUAGGAUGGUAUGCCACUGGGACCGAAGUCACGGAGUCAUCUAUGUUGAUUCAUCAGGACUAUUACAUGAAGUAUGUAAAGAAUCCAAUAUUUCUUCUUGUCGACCCAAACCUGAACGUCGGCGAAAAAAUGAGUAUAAAGGCUUAUCAGAGUCGGUCUAUUGGAGUUCCUGGAGGGACGACUGGUACCAUGUUUCUGCCCUUGGAAGUUAAUUUGGAAUUCUACGACGCUGAGCGGUGCGCAGUUGACAUGAUGGUCUCAGCAAGGAAUGUAGGCGCGAACGAACUUUCGGAGGUAAUUGUUGGCCUUAGCCUGAUUAAUUUUUAUUCGCCUUUUACCGACACGCAAUAAGUGAACAGCCUGCAAGAUUUACUAUGAACGCAUGAAAAUGUUGUUUGAUAUGUCAAGGCAGUAGACGCUCUUUGUAUGUCUGUCAAACAAACCCCAUUUCUCAUCUGGAAUUUUAUCCGUGGGCAAUAGUCUUGGUCGACAGGGACAUCAACGACGCUCAGUUCAUCCUUCAAACAUCGAAGGGCUUGAGUGCUGGCUUGUCGGGAUAGUUUUUACCUUGUUACUGGAUGGUGUCUGACAGUACCAGCGCCAGGGAGAGAGCUAGUGACAAAACUACAGCCUUCGUCCAGAUGGGAAGUCAAAGCCGUCGGUAUACGGUCCUGUUGUUUAUCGGUCAGAAGCUUGUGUACGUGGCGAAAGCAUGUUCAUGGAGGUUUUGCAGUGAAAAGUAAACAGCUCUGAGCGGAAGGCUUCCUUGGCGCCGUUCACUGACAAAUGCAAAUAAUUUCUCAGAUGUGAAUUGCGGUAUCUUACGCGCGUGCCUUCAAUACGGUGGACUGAUAGGGGCGCAAGAAGCGAUUGGACAGCCACCGCCUACGAGAAGGAGCCACUGUCGCAGUUCUUGACAGAUUUUUCUCACAAUCCUGAAUUUUUAAACACUUGCUGCGGAACGCAGCGUACCUAAAUAUCAGUUGGAAGGGAAGAAGUAAGUAAAAUGAAGACACGUUUUGAAAUAUUAAUAGUCCUACAGUGUGUACCCCAGCGGUGCAUUUCAUUUGCACCUAGCUUAAGUUCGUAAGUUGUUAAUAACAUUUUUAUUUCGUCUUUCAAGUUUUAAGUUAUUGAUCCUUAUUUGCAUCCUUGAUGUUGACAACAAAUAAAGAAGCCUGCUGUCUAAAUUUGCACUCUGGUCCGAUCGUCGGGAACCAGUAAGCUUAGAUAUAUAAACAUGAAAACAUCGGCCUCUCUCUUCCCUCACUGCGUACUAGGAGUUGGUCUUGGCCCAGAAUCAGAUUAUACCUACCAUGGUCAAUAACGUGGCACUAAGUCACCGCCUCGCGUGAACACGUUUCUGACCUCGUUCAGGCUCGACACAGCAGCGCCAUCCGCAAUUUUUUUGCUACAUCAGUUAUUUAUAAAUCAUCCCCGGUCUUUUGUUCACGGUAUGGGCAAUUAUACUUAAUUGUAGUUGUCCGAAUGACGUGUGUGUAAGUUAACAGGUUCGCGCAAUGAACAAUUUAUUUUAUUAUCAGUUAUUUAGCAAAACGGGUGCUCAAUCAGUUAACUGGUUGUUCUGUGUGAAUUACGGCUACAAUUCCUCUUAGAAGAACUAAUAAAAGAGUCUCUUCGGUUGAUCACAACAAAGAUGCCUCCAUUUUAUGCCACCCCGUUAUCUAAAUUUUCACUUUAAUCAAUUCCUCUUGUCAUUGUACCUUGCUAGUCCGAUUUUUCCAUAGAUAGUGUUGGCAUGACUCCGCAUUUCCAACGGCCAAUUCGAAAGGAUUUUGAAUGUUAUCAAAGCUACUCUGUAUUCCAAACAUGACACUACCGACAUUUUCGGCGAGGUGCUUCGCGUCUCCCAUCAGAAGCUAGCAGGACCGAAGGAAUAUUUUUGACCGAAAGUGUAUGCUCUCUUGUCUUUUUCUUCGCCCAUUUCGAGCCGAGAACGCAAAAACCACCAGAAGCAUUCUGAAAAAUACCGAUUAUGCUUGGGCUUAAAACAUCCUCAGCUAGAGUUGUAGUUCAUCUGCUAUCCAGAUGGUCGGGCAAAUGUUGGACGGCCUUCUUCCGCGUGGCAAGAAGUUCGAUCUGUCUUUACCUAAACAUCUCGCGCGUUAGGCAAACACUUUUUGGCGCACGUUUUAGCCAUGAAAACAUUCCUACUGAUGUUUUCAGGUAGCUGCAUUUUAUUUUCAGACGACGGACGAUCUAUCCUAUCUCUACAAACUAACUGGCAGGCUACUGGAGAUGUUGGACAAAAUUACUGCUACUGUAGAGGAUGUAAUUGCGGGUAGACGACCAGCUGACAACGAAACUGGUCUUGCCAUCGCUCGCCUCCUUUUUGCAACGCCCAAAUUGGACUCGGACAAUGUGGAGGAGUUGAUUAGUUCCAGUUUCAAGGACCUUCUCAUGGUUACCUACCUUACUGACCUUAUACGUUCGCAUAUAAAGCUGCUAAAUCUUGCCCAUUGA